CCCAGCCCAGCCCCGCCGCCACAGGGACGAGCCUUCCGAGCGAGGAGCGCAGGCCUGCCCGGCCAUGAUGCUGCCCGCGGCCGGUCCCAGCCCCGGGCUGACCUGCGGGCUUGUGCUCGUCGGCGCCGUGCUCCUGCAGUCCGUCUGCGUGGCCGUCACCUUCCUCUACUUCACCAACGAGCUCAAACAGCUCCGGGACACGUACUCCAAGAGUGGCAUCGCUUGUCUCACCGGGGAGGAAAUGGGAAAUUUCAUCCAAAACUUGGAUCUAAUUGAAAGCGAAGACAGAGUGGCUGAUCCCUGCUGGCAAGUAAAGUGGCACCUGGGAAAGUUAAUUAAAAAGAUGAUUUCAAGAAGCUACAAGGAAAACGUAUCUGCAGUCAAUGCUGAAAGAGCUCUGACUCUGUCACAGAGCGACGGGCCGCAACCGCGUUCUCCCAUCAACAGGAUCGCCGCGCAUCUGACGGGCAGCAGCAAUAGGAGGAACUCCCCAUCCCCACGCAUAGAUUCCUUGCCCAGAAGAGGCAACGGACACAAAAUAAGCAACUGGGAAUCAAGGAAAGGCCACUCUUUCCUUUACAACGUGGAGCUGAGAAAUGGUGAGCUGGUGAUACCCCAGACAGGCUUUUACUACAUCUACUCACAGACCUAUUUUCGUUUCCAUGAAAACGAGAACGAGGAUUCAGAUCUUUUGGUUCAAAUCAGGAACCCCAAGCAGCUUGUCCAGUAUGUUUACAAACUGACUAAUUACCCAGAGCCUAUUUUGCUCAUGAAAAGUGCAAGAACAAGCUGCUGGUCCAAAAAGGCGGAAUAUGGACUUUACUCCAUUUACCAAGGCGGUGUCUUUCAGCUGAAGAGAGAGGACAGGAUUUUUGUCUCUGUCAGUAAUAGUGACAUAGUUGACAUGGACAAAGAAGCAAGUUUUUUUGGAGCCUUUAUGAUUGGUUAAAAAAUUUGAGCCAGAAGAAGGCAGUUUUCCUAGACAGGACCAGCUUAAAGUUCUUUCCAGUGGGGGAUGGUAAGGAGAAGCUGUAGCAAUACCACCGACACUAGACUCCCCUUUCUCAGCUCAUUCAGCAAGAGGUCUGAUUCUGCAAACUGCUCUUCCACCAGCAGAAGCUGGCUGCAGCUUGGAUGGCAAUGCUUUAUGCAGGCACAGGCACAGGCACCAUGGCCAGGCUGGGAAUGUGUGAGGAUUUCACAUGCCACAGAUGAUACUUUUGGCCAAAACUCCAGCCAGUUGAGAUCAACUCACCACCACCUCCAGAGAUGCUCCACACCACCAGACGGGUUGGAAGAUCCUCUAGAUCCAGUCACUCAAGGCUGAGACUUUUCAUGGUCUCCAUUGGGACCCCAUCUUGAAUAUCUUGGCUCCUGUAAGCAGCCUGUGCAAGGACUGCAUCCUGGAUGCCCGUGGAGUUGCUCUGGAAGCUUUUCGUUUGAACCUGAAUUUGACAGAAGCUGAAAGGCUGUUAGAAGCUCAACCGGCACCUCUUCAUCUCGUCUAACCAAGCACUUAAGCACCUAAUUAAUUUGAAGCACACAGUCUGACUCAAUCAGGUUAUUUACAUGCUUGAAAUUAAAUAUGUGCUUAAGCAUUUUUCAGGAUCAGGGCUUGAGUAAACACAUUUGUCUUAAUCAGGAUAUUGUACAGAAAAGCAGCUGCUGAAAUGGCACCAAAGAGGUUUCGAGAUCAAUCAGUGUUUUGAUCAGCACAUGGUGAUAGUGCCUAUUUACUUAAUUGCUGUGCUGCAGAGGUUUCACUGGGCUUCCCAUAGGUUCAGUAAUGUGCUUGCUGUCACCCUUGUUGACAGCAAGUGCUUGAGUCAGGAAAAAAAAAAAGGGUGUUUUUUUGUAAGCAUGGAAUUCUAUUAGACAUUUGCCACAGAUUAAGCAUGGCUCUGCCAUGUUGAUUUGUACUGGCCUGUAUUUGGUAGGGUGUCAUGCUGAACAACACCCCCCUAUGACUAAUGUUUUAAGGAAAAUGACCACAACUAUCUGUACUUCAACAGGAGCUGCACAUUGAGGUAAUGCUGUUUUGAUUUUGGGAGUGGGUGGACAAUUUUCAUCGUUUGGCAUAAUUAUGGCAUAAAAAAAGAGAAUUUUGCUCUAUUUUUUAUGUCCUUUUUUUUUUUUUUUU